CCCAAAGAGCAGAGAAAGCACGAGGAAUAUUCACAGUGGACUUCAUGGAUGAGAGAAAGGAGCUUUUUCACUGAACAAAUGCUUUUCAUUAAUUCUUUCCUCAGACUGUUGAAGUUUAUACUUUGUUUUUCGACAUCAAAACAGAUAAACGCGAAACGCUGGACUACCGUUUUAUUUCUUAAAGUGUACUAAUACCUGUGGAAACCCGGAGUCGCUUAAUCUGUUUCUAAACGAGCACUUGUUUAUAUAAAAGCUCAUAUUUGUUGCUUAUUUUCCAUUAUUGUCUUUUAAAAAGUAACUUUAUUCGUUUACUGCUGGAAUUACAGUGGAUUUCCCAUCACUAUGAAGCGUUGUCGAGCCUCACGAGCGAUGUUCAACUUUCCACUGAGACUCGGGUUUAUUUAGACGGAGCAUCUGAUCGACGACCACCAGAUUGUUUUUAGCAACAGACACUUGUGGCACUACAAAUCUGUGACUUUUAUUUUUAAAAGCGACGACACUUCAAUAUGUUUGAUGUUUGCCAGACUUCAGAAGACAUUUAAAUCAAGAUGACAGCAUUUAGAAAUCGCACCGCAGGAGUGACUCGUUUUGAGAUGAUCGGAGGGAGAAACAUCUAACCUUAUAAAGAGAUGAAUGCUGUACUUGUUGUCUUGUAGACCUGUCGGUGGGAAAACACUGAUCUGUUCCCUUCUCGAGCCCCGACCAACUUUAGAGGAGCUGAAGAUGCUGCGUCUUAGUCCAGCCGGGCUCAUGCUGUUCUUGCUUUGCAGAGCCAUCGACAGUCGGAUGCUGAUGGAAGGACUGCAGAGGUUUGGUCCCAUUCCAACGUAUCUUCCAGUGCGAUACCAGGUAUUAAACGCAGAGUCUGCCUUCUUCUUAAAGGAGGCCAACCAGGACAUCAUGAGGAACUCCAGCCUUCAGGUUCGUACGGAGCUCUUUUUUAUUCAGCAGGCCAGAAAGAUGCCAUCUGUCAAUGCCAGUUAUGGACCGAUGUAUGUGGAACAGCCUGUUCCAUCAGACCUUCUAGGACCGGGACUCUUUAACAACCCUUCAUCCACAUCUCCAUCAUCCACUUCGUCUCCCGUAUUUAAUUUUAACUGGAAAGUCCAGACUUUCAUUAUCAGUGAGCGAAUCCACCCUAGUUGGCCAAAGGUUCAGGUUCUCUUCUACGUUGUUGGCCGGGACUGGGAUGACUAUAGCGCUGUGGACAAGUUGCCGUGUGUCAGGAUGUUUGCCUUUCACGAAACCCAAGAGGUACGAGGCACUUGUCGUCUGAAAGGAGAACUUGGGCUGUGCGUGGCUGAGCUGGAGCCAUUGCCUAGCUGGUUUAGUCCCCCUAGUGUCAUACCAGGUCGACAGAGAUCACCUGAGAUGGUUGAAGGCACUCCUGUGGAGCUGUACUACAUGCUACAAUUCACAGACUCUGGGGAAUGCAGCUCGGAGGACUCCCGCAAGACUAACUCCAUCCGCACUGGGCAACUGGGCCCAGCUGGUUACUUCUCAGGGCCAACACCCAUGCGCAGGAUUGGCAGCGUUAGACUAUUUCAACCACUCUCUGAGCUACGUUUGGACAGCAACUUUGUGGUGAUGGUUCCCUCCAGACCUAUCAGGCAGAGGGAGACGGUGUCAGCCUUCCUUGCGGUCUCAACCCUUUCAUCGGUAGAAAUAUUCACUCUAAGAGUGAAGUUGAAGGAUGGUGUGGCGUUUCUGGGGGCGAGAGCCAGCAACCCUGUGCAGUGGACAGUUAGUCAAGACGUCAGGAGCGAGGGACAUCGAGUGGUCACUCUGCACUGCCGAAGGAAGGAAGCCAGCUUUGGAAAACGGGUUGAAGCUGGUUUUCAGAAGGUUCUUCAGGUGGAUUUGGAGGUCAACGGGUUGCUGGAUCCUCUAGGAAGUCGUUUAGUGACAUGGCAGAUUGAGUAUCCCAUCUCCCGGACCCUUUCAGAUGAGAUCCAGACUCUAAUUCGACUAGCACCACAUGACCUUGGUGGCAUUGUGCCAUUGGCUAUGGAGACAGAGAUCCUCAACACUGCUGUCCUCACCGGGAAGACUGUCGCCAUGCCGGUCAAGGUGGUCACUGUUGGAACCGAAGGCACGGUGACCGAUGUGACUGAGUCGGUGGAGUGUCGCUCGACGGACGACAACGUGGUUAAGGUGUCCGAAAGGUGUGAUUAUGUGUACGUCAAUGGCAAGGAGACGCGUGGGAGGGUGAAGAUGAUGGUGAACUUCACUUACAGUUACCUCAGUGCUCAGCUGGAGUUGAGCGUGUGGACGCCUCGACUUCCCCUGCAGAUCGAGAUGUCUGAUCCUGAGCUCAGCCAAAUCAGGGGCUGGAGAGUUCCUGCAGAUGCCGCCAACCAAAGGUCUGGAGAGGAUGAUGGGGAAGAAGGAGCCAGGAAGGACCGAAGCUGUGCUCCACAGUACCAGAGCACCACCGUCCGUGUCCUCACACACUUUGAGGCCGAGCCAGAAGAGUGGCAGGGCCAGCCAGACUUCCUCCUGGGCAGUGACUGGCAGGUGGAUGUAACAGAGCUGGUGAGAGACUCUUUAAGGGUGGCGGAUGAACGUGUGGCCAAGCUGUCAGAAGAGCAGGUCCUGAUCGGCUUGAACACUGGCACCACCAAAGUUCAGGUGAUGUCCCCAUUAUCAGACUCAGUUCUGGCUGAGAGGGUGAUCCGCGUUCUGGAUGAUAAAGUCAGUAUUACAGAGCUAGGUGUGCAGCUGGUCUCUGGACUUUCCUUGAACCUUCAGCUCAGCACGGGAAGCAACAGGGCCAUCGUUGCCACAGCUACCACACAGGAGACCAUGCACAGUGUUAAUCAGGAGUCUCUUGUCAGUGCGUGGCUUCAGUUCAGUGAUGGCUCCAUGACCCCUCUGGACCUCUAUAACCCUGCACAUUUCAUUCUUACGGCCACCUCGCUGGACGACCAGGUGGUGUCAGUGAAGAAAAGCACCUCCUGGAGAUGGCCAGUGGUGGUGGCAAAGGGGGAAGGGCAAGGAAUGUUGGUCCGCCUGGAGAUGUAUGGACCUGAAUUAUGUCUUAAAACCAAGCGCCGCACUGUUCUGGCUGCCGGCAAUGCAAACGUCCUUGUGAAGUUUGGUCGAGAUGAAGAAACAGGAAACAGCGCAAGCGACAGGAGAUAUAGACCUAAUGCUCCAUACUAUGGAGGUUCAAUCUCAGACAUGGAGGCUGGAAUCAUGAAUCGAGGUGCUACCACCAUCAAAUCCUCCAUUCCAGGAAAAGCGAGUGGUGACAGGCUCUCAGCCGGCGAUGUUCCUAUGGAUUUCUCUGAAUUUCCAGCACAAGCUGAUCUUCCUCCUGGACGUAACAUGGAGGAUGACCUGCUGCAUUCUCGCCGUGGACUCACAGACCUGGAAAUAGGUAUGUACGCCCUGCUAGGUGUCUUCUGCCUGGCCAUCCUGGUGUUUCUAAUCAAUUGCGUCUCCUACGCUCUCAAGUAUCGCAACAAGCAGCUCCCAUUGGAGGGCCAGGAGACCAUGGCUCACGCCCACGACUGGGUUUGGUUAGGCCACGAUGCUGAAUUGUUGGAAAGCCAAGCUGGUUUAUGUCUGGAUCAAGAGGAGCUAGGUGGUACCAUGGACUCCGGGCUGGGCCUGGAGGAAGGUAGCCAGCUCCUUAAUGGCCUUUCCUCCCAGAAGAGUGUGCAGGGUCAGGUCCAUAGAUCAGCUUCGGACUCAGGGUGUGUUGGGAGAGAUCACAAGGCAGAGUCCAUAAACUCUCCCACUACCAAACGAAAACGGGUCAAGUUCACCACAUUCAGCCAUAGCAAGCCCAGCAAUGGCUGCCCAUCCAUAAGCCCUCUUCUCAUUGGUCAGAGCGACAUCAAAUGGGUAUGCCCAGACAUUGAGCUUGGGGACUCCAAAGAGCUCCGAAAUUACAUGGAAAGGUUAAAUGAAAAUGCUACCAAGAACAUCGUAUAGUGUGCUUGUAGUUAUUUAUGUAUUUUUCAGACAAAAGCGUAGCUCACCCAUAUGCCUUCUGGGUAAGGUGGUGUGGUGGUGGUGGUGGUGGGGUGGAGGGGUUGUCCUGACUCUACUGCACUCAGACAAACUCACAUCUCACCAUGAAAAGACAAGCCAUUCAUCUGGUCUUGUUUCCAUGGCAACUGUCAUGAGGGUUCAUCAUCAGGAAAGAAGGAAAACGGAGAUGGUUGUGAAACUGCUGAGGAUGUGAGAACAUUGGAUUAUGAGAAAUGUUUCAAUCGAGAUGUCUAUAUUUUCUUUUCUUUUUUUUCCGAAGAAGAGGAUAUUCCAUUUGUAUAUUUUAAAAAAUAUAUAUAUAUAAAUAUUUCUUUUUUUUUCAAUUUAUCACACUGAAGCCUGGUUGGUGGUGGUAUCUUUUUGUGAGUGAAUAUCUCAGAAAACACAAAGAGCUGACAUUUAAACAUAUCAGUAGUGCGCUGGAAAACUGCAGCAUUUCCACAAAUUGAACAUUGACUGGCUCGGGUGAUGAGUGAGAAUACAUUUUGUAAGCUUUUACAUAUUUUUAUACAUCUCUGUUCCUGUCCGUGUUUGUGUGUCUACUGUAUUUCUCCAAAGACUGACAACCAUAUGUACAAGCAUGUGAAUUCAAAGUAUGGACGGAUGAAAAAAAUGGUCUAUUUUGGAACUUUUUCCACCAACAGUUUGAAUGAACAUGUAUAUAAAUAUGGCAGAAGACUUCUGGGAAAAACAGGCAGAUAAAUGACCCUCCACAUCCCUUCGAGAGCUGUUGAGCAAAUUGUAUUGUUGUAGGUAGUGUUAUCAAUAUUGUAUAAUAUGUUGUUUACAGUAUUAGAAUGAUAGAUGAUAUGCGCUCCAAAUGCUUAUGUAUGUGUGCUCUAGCAUUUAAUUUCCUUUUUUUCAUUUCUUUGCUUUCCUUUCUAUUCUGUUUAGUUUUCCCCCUUACAGUGAUUGGAGAAUAGAACAAGGAAUACCUAACCCACCUAAACAAAUGUCCCUCAGAUUAGCCUAAUGAUUAGGUUAAAGUUAAUUGGACCGGAUGAGUUUGGGGCUUCUGUCCUCAGGUACUGUGAUUGAUGCAGUGGAGAGACGUGUAUACUUUCAUAAGAAAACCACAGAACAGUAUAUUUGUGAAUACAUUGAUUAGAAAACCCCUCGAUCUAUAUUUGUGAGCUGUUUGGAAAUAUCAUAAAGGACUUAGUCAAUAUACAAUUACCCUUUAAACAGUUUACUUUCUAAAGCAUUAGAUAGUGUGUGCUGAUUUAUUCCUCUUUCAGUUAUUUUGGCAUGAUGUCCAAGUGGAUCAUCCAGAUGUCUCAUGUAAGAUGGUAUUAAUUAAAAUCAAGACUAAUUAAUAGUAUAAAAUGUAUUAAUUAAUUCUCUCCGCUGUUCUACACAUGUCUUGUACUUCAUGAAACAGACACGUUCAUGAAGACCGCAGAGGAAUAAUUGUACUUGAGGAGGUUCAAGACAGUCCACUCAACGCCGGUCAGUGAUCCUAUCCAGUCAGUACUGUUAAAAUAUGUUUCUGUUAAAUGUGAUGAGUCAAUGUUUGUUACAGUAUGUAGCAUUUUAGCUUACUUUGCCAUUUAUUUUAUUUUUCGUUUAACUAAUUGUCUGUUUUGUGAGCUAAAAAAGCACUGCCUAUUACCAUAAAGUCCUGAAAAAGCAUCUUUUAAUUUAUGCAUUACAUCACUGGGUUUUCUAUUUGCAUAUUAAAUAAACCAUGACAUCCUGCUUUUCCACUUUU